GACCUCUGUUUAUUCGUAUUUAUUGAAAAUAACCAUAUAACUUGUAAAACAUAAAAUGUGUGAAACAGAAGCUAAUCUAAAAGGCAAAGUUGCUGUAGUAACCGGUGGAAGUGCAGGAAUGGGAUUUGAAGCUGCCAAAAAUUUAGCCAAACGUGGUGCCAAAGUGAUCAUUGCUAGCAGAAACGAGACCAAAUUGAAAGCUGCCAGAGAUGAAAUAGAGGAAAUCUCUGGGAACAAUCAAAUUGCUUACAGAAUGCUUGAUUUGGGAUCUCUGAAAUCUGUGCGAAAUUUUGCAACUGACGUUAUGACAUCAGAGCGCAGACUGGAUAUCCUUGUAAAUACUGCAGGAGCUAUUGGUUUACCCGAUAAACUAACUGAAGAUGGACUAAAUCUAAUAAUGCAAGUGAAUUAUUUUGGUACGUUUUUACUUACAUAUCUAUUGCUGCCUUUACUGAAAUCUUCAGCACCAAGUAGAAUAAUCAACGGUAGCGCGUCAGCUAUGUACAUCGGAGAAUUAGAGUUCGAUCAUUGGAAUGAUAUUGGAAGAUAUAACUUGGUAACAUCAGUGGCAAAUUGUAAACUAGCAGUUACCUUGUUCAGUGUGGAAUUGGAUCGUCGAGUGAAAGGGACAGGAGUAACCUCAAACAGUUUCGAUCCUUUUAUUGUUCGCGAUACUGAUUUAUUCAAUAACAUACCGUCUAUUCUUAGAGACAUAUCGAAGACCUUUGUUGAUAUAUUGGGUCUGCGGAGAGAGGAAGUAGGAAAGCAAAUAGCGUAUUUGGCAGCUGCACCGGAAUUAGAAAGAGUAAGUGGUAUGCACUACAAGUUCUGCUUUAAAUGGAUAAAUCAUUGGUUAGUGAAUGAUAAAGAUUUAACUAGAAGGCUUUGGGAAGCAUCGAAAGAAGCUGUGGGGAUAACAAAGGAAGAAGAUUGGGAAGCCAAUGUUGUGAAAUGAAACUAUAAUUAAAAUCAAAAUGUAAAAUAA